AUGAUUCAAACGUCAUUUUCUUCCCUUUGUGUCCAGGAUAUGGCCACUGUCACCGCUCCUGGGGAGCUUGCCAAGCAGGGGUCAAAGUGCAGAGGUUAUCGACACGAGGAGGUGAUUCAGCAUCAGAGGGAGGCUCUGUCAGAGAUGAGGGCCAGGAUAGGAGCCUUGGAGCAAACAUGGCCCCUGAGUAAGCAAGGUCAAAACUCCAUGAAUAUAGAAAGAAAGCCUGCAAACAGCAUGUUUUGCUCCCAUGUGAUAUAAUUGAACAUGACAAAGGCUAUUGCAGGAUCAAUUAGGGCAGUGACCAGGGGCCCUAAGACCCCAUAUCAGAUUAUCUCAGAUAACAUUCAGGGGGUCCCUGAAAAAGUAGGGAUAAGACUAACACUUUGAAAAUCAUUUUUUUCAAAUAUGCCGUUUUUGUGCUGCUCCCUAUCUCUAUGCCUUGGUCAAUGUCACUGUACAUUCUCUCUAUAUGUAUUUAAUGAGUUAGGAGACAUUAUAACACUUUGUGUCCUCCAAAGUGUUCCUCUUCUCUGAGAUUUGGGUAAGUGUUUGUUCCCUCAGAGUGCUUCACCCAGCAGGGUGCACCUAAGAAACAAGCAGGGAAUGAGGCGGGCAAACUCAGCACCCAGAAGUCUGCAGUGGUAAGCACCUGGCCCAGCCUGGUCUCAUAGACUAAACGUAACAUAGUAAAGGUACAUCCGGGAACUCAUAUUAGUAUGAGAUGUUACGUUUGGUAUGGUUACAUAAGAAAUAUGGUUACUUAAGGCAAAAUUGCGAAUGUCUAGCAACCCAAAGGCUGCGAGUUUGAAUCGCAUCACGGACAACGUUAGCAUUUUAGUUAAUUAGCAACUUUUCAACUACUUACUACUUUUUAGCUACUUACAUUUUUACAUUUACAUUUUUAGUCAUUUAGCAGACGCUCUUAUCCAGAGCGACUUACAGUUAGUGCAUACAUUCUUUUUUUUUUUUCAUACUGGCCCCCCGUGGGAAUCGAACCCACAACCCUGGCGUUGCAAACGCCAUGCUCUACCAACUGAGCUACAUCCCUUUGCAACUACAUGUUAGCUAACCCUUCCCCUAACCCUAACCUUAACCCUUUAACCUAACUCCUAAACUUAACCAUAACCCCUUAUCCAGCUAACAUUAGCCAGCUAGGUAACGUUAGCCUCCUAGCUAGAAUUCUUAACGUAUUGAAUGUUUCUCAAAUUCGUGACAUAUUGUAUGUUUUGCAAAUUCUUAACAUAUAAUAUGAAUUGUAAUUCGUAACAUAUCAUACGAAAUGGGUGAUGGACACCCACAAAUUAAUACAUGCCAUAUGAAACGUAACAUAUCAUCCUGAAUCGAGUGUCGGAUUUACGUACCGAAUAAUACGAAAUGCUCUGAGAUCAGGUUGCCUGGCCACAUCUACAGUAAGACACUAACCACCUGUAUUAGCCUGCAUAACCAUACUCCAGGGUUAUGUUCAUUAGGCACCAAAUGGAAGAAAACACAAUGAAAACAGGAAGGGACUACCUGAUCUUGUCGAAUAAGAAAUGCUCAUUUUCUUUUUCCAUUGCAAAACAUAUUAAAACGUUUUUUUGUUAAAUGCACUCAAUGAACACGUCCCAAUACUCACUCUGCUGCGAAAUUCCUCUUAAUGUUGAUGACUAUGAUUAUCAACGUAGUAUUGUGUAAUGUCAUAUGUUAUAUGAUCAUUUCAAUCUAGAGUGGCUGGCCGCUCCCUGGAGCAUUGGGGGAAGAGACCCUGGAGCGCACAGCCAGACUGGACCUAUCAGACGCCCUGGACCUCAGCGAGAGGACAGUGAGUGGAAGGAUGCUUUCAGGGGGGGGAGUGUGGGUGGCUAUGACAGCUAUAUGA